AUGGGCAAGAAGCGCGUACUCGUCAGCUAUGGUGUCGAUGUCGACGCCGUCGCCGGGUGGCUAGGCUCAUACGGCGGGGAGGAUUCCUCCAACGACAUAAGCAGAGGCUAUUUUGCUGGCACAAUUGGCACUCAAAGAGUGCUCAAGUUACUUGCAAAGUACGACAUUAAAGCGACCUGGUUCAUCCCAGGCCACAGCCUCGAGUCAUUCCCUGAGGACAUGGCUGCUGUUCGCGACGCCGGGCACGAGAUUGGCCUCCAUGGCUACUCCCAUGAGAAUCCAACCGACAUGACCAUCGACCAGCAGCGUGAGAUUCUCGACAAGACAUACCACAUGCUGACCGAGUUUGCGGGAAAGCCACCUCGGGGCAGCGUUGCACCGUGGUGGGAGACGAGCAGAGAAGGCGCUCAGCUCCUGCUUGACUAUGGUAUAGAGUACGACCACAGCAUGAGCCAUACGGACUGUCAGGCCUACUACCUGCGAACGGGGGACUCUUGGACCCCAAUCGACUACGAGAAGAGGCCUGAGGAGUGGAUGAAACCCCUUGUCAAGGGCCAGGAGACUGGCCUGGUCGAGAUUCCGGCUAACUGGUAUCUGGAUGACCUCCCUCCUAUGAUGUUUAUCAAAAAAGCUCCUAACAGCCACGGCUUUGUCAACGCGCGCGACGUUGAGGAUAUUUGGCGCGAUCACUUUGACUACUUUUACCGCGAGUAUGAUGAGUUCGUAUUCCCUAUCACGAUACAUCCCGACGUUUCAGGCCGGCCGCAUGCUAUUCUCAUGCACGAAAGACUCAUUGAGCACAUGAAGAAGCAUGAAGGGGUUGAGUUUGUUACAAUGGCUGAGAUAUGUGACGAUUUCAAACGCCAGAAUCCACCGGCUGAGGGAGCGGCGAUGCCAGCAGCACCUGGGGCCAUGCUGAGAAAUUGA